CUCCACGAACGCAUGCGCGUCAUCUAAGCUUUUCACCUCGAAAUAGAAUGCGUUAACGUGCGGUUCCCUCAGUGCCGCUCGAAACGGCGUACCGGUCGAAGGGCGAAUUCUACCCCAAAAAUGUCAUCAUUUCGGAUCAAAAGUACCCGAUGUCCGCAAAACCAAUGCCAUUUAAUUUCCUCAGUGUCCGCCACUCCUGUCCCGAAUAAUUGAUUCAUUGAAAAUUGAUAAAAAAUUAAAUGUUAGUAAUUUUUUGAACUCCGAAAAAAAAUCCAAAGCCCUCGCACCCACUGUCUUACACAAAUAUAAUCAUUUUCACCACCAGUGGGGGAAAGUUAAAGAAUAGUAAAUCUAAAUGUCGCCUUAAAUCGCUACAUGAUAAACUGAAGAAUAACGAAGUGGUUUUCAACAAAAAAAAAAAAACAUCUGCCCAUAAAUUCUCGGUGGAUCCUCGUGAUCGGGGAGGAAGACGGAGUAUCGCUGACAAAAUGCUGAACGUGUGCCAGAUUGGAGCGAUACAGGUGUAAAACAUGUAGCCGUCGACUGAAUGAAACUUGUAAAACAAUUACACUGAGAGAAAAAAAUUUCUUCUGUUGGAAAUAAAUUUAUUUUGUUAAAAAAUAUCGAGAUUAUUUUGUAUCGUUUCAAGAGAUAGAUGUUGGCAACGUGGAUGUUUGAUACAAAUGAUUUGUCUGUGUGGAAAAACAGUCAAACUUUACAAACAGUUAACUUCUGCUUCGGUAACAAUUUUUCCACAGAUGAAUAAUUUUUUUCUCAGUGUAUCAACAUCCUCUCGGAAAAAAUACCGGUUUAGGGUGAAUUUAAAUUGAAAAAAAUAUUUUAACGAUGAAUUUUAAUUGCCGAAAUGGACUUGUCAUUGAGAAGAUUAAUUUUAAAAGCCCGAGGGUCGAGUGGAAUGACAUAACUAGUGAAAACGGAUUAUAAAACAAAACGAGGAUUUCUACGAAUGAUAAAAAUCCGGAGAUCCGAUUUAUCCAAUUAUGUGGAUUUGUUAUUCUCUGUUGACGAAUGCAACGAAUUAUUGGGAUAACGACCCUGACAAUAAUAGAUGAAUUGCGGGCAGAACUGGUGCUGGGAGCCUUGUGAUUGUUACUGAAGUGUUUAGACAGAUUUUUGGAAAUUUUUCAUCGAAUUACAGUGCAACGAUAUUUGCUCAAGAUUUUUUCACGCUCUCCGGCGCCUCAGAUAGACCGGAAAUGCCACUGAUGAGUCUCGAUGUGAACGAGAUGUCGAUGGAAUCGACUACGCAAAUUGAGGAAUGGAAUACGAGGAUGUUUCAGGAGACAGAAAUGGAGAGCAGUCGUGGAAACAUGACGAACGACAACAACGAAACCUUGAGAUUGCAUCCCAAUGUAUCUAUCAGCGAAGACUACAUUUUCGACCGAAUUGACAUCAGGGUCAUAUUCAUCACGCUCUACUCCGUCGUAUUCUUCUUCUGCUUCUUCGGUAAUUUACUGGUAAUCCUGGUGGUAAUGUAUUCCCGACGAAUGCGAGGCAUAACAAACUUCUUCCUGGCGAAUUUAGCCCUCGCGGACCUGUGUGUCGGCAUCUUCUGUGUCUAUCAGACACUGAUAAAUUACCUGAUGAACAGCUGGAGGCUGGGUGAUUUUCUCUGCAAAGCCUAUAUGUUCGUAACUGCCCUGUCCUACACCGCAAGCAUAAUGAUCCUUGUCUUGGUCUGCGUGGAGCGAUAUCUAGCCAUCAUUCACCCUAUAAAGUGCAGAUCAAUGCUCACCAGGGGACGGCUGAGGGUCAUUGUGGCUGUUGUUUGGAUACUGGCUGCUGUAUACGCAUCACCAAGAUUUAUAUACGUCGAGACGUACCACCAUGAGCUGAACUCGGGGGUUGUCGAUAUAAUCUGCAUGGCGAAUAUCAAAAAACACAAUAAAAAUGUCCUGGACGCUGUCAAUCUAAUACUCCUGUAUCUGAUACCACUUGUUCUCAUGUCAUGUCUAUACACGAGAAUAGCAGUGGCCCUUUGGAAGAGUAGUGCUGCCUUCAGUGGGCCUGGCUUGGUCGCCCGGACCCGGAAUGGAAGGGUUCAUCAUGUUCACGCGUCCAGUAAAAAUGUUCUGAGGGCGAGAAGGGGUGUUAUCAGAAUGCUGAUUGCUGUGGUGGUGAUGUUCGCUGUGUGCAAUUUACCCCAACAGGCUCGAAUGCUGUGGCUGCACUGGGCGUCGACUUACAAACCAAAUUCUCACUUCAGUACAAUCUUCACAGUGUCAGUACAACUCAUAUCAUACAUGAAUUCGUGCCUGAAUCCUCUGCUGUAUGCGUUUCUAUCGCGAAAUUUUCGCAAAGCGAUGAGAGAGUUAUUCGCCUGUCGGAGUCGGGGAGCAGGACGUGGCCUCGGUAUGGGCUAUGCCCCAGGGGAUGUUGCUCGUCUUGAGAAUGGCCACACAGCCAACAUGCCCCACAGCUCUGUGAUAAGACUCAGUUCAGCCCAUGACAGUCCCUGUACAACCCACACUAUUACGAGGCAGAGUACAUUUGUGAGGAGUUCGUGAAAUUCAUUCGUCGGCGUUACAGCCGAUUUACCACUGAGUAUCCUAGGAGAUAGAGCAACGAGAAGUGAAAAUUUACGAAGUGAUACUGCUAGUACCACUCGACUCUGAGACACAAAUAGUAAUCCCGCCCCAGUUUUAAUGAAAUCUUUAUCACGAGCUAUUUAAAGCGAUCAUUUCGCGGAUCAUUUCUCCGACUGUAGAUGAGAAAUAUCGCCGUUAAAAUAUCUAUGAAUAUAAAAUAUUUUCGAGAAGAGAAGGGGAAUAACGGAGACCAUUGAAUCGCGAAUAAAAGUACGAUAAGAUCACUGUUCUUGUGGUUGAUAAUGCAGUGAAUAAAUCCCCAGUGAUAUCGAGCGUCCAUUUUUAUUUUCAUCCUCAACAAUACUCAGAGAGAAUAAAGAGAAUGGGAAAGGGGGCAUCGCAGCUGAGGGAAGAUCCUCCGAGGAAUAUUUAAACAGGAGAAGCCAUCGAAUAAAAACCUCAGCCACUUGUACAUAUAGUUAUGGAUAAAAAUCCUAUGAUCUGAACGACAGUCGAUAUGUUUUUCCAAGCGCUUCCCUAUUUUCUUUGUCUUCUUCAGUGAAUUUUAGCGAAUCCAUCGCGAACCAAUCUUGUACACCCCAUUUGCGAAUGGUGGAGAAGAGACUACUGUUUGAUUGAGAAAUAUUGAAAUUCUCUUCGUCCCUGGAAUUUGCUUCUUGCAUUGGACGAAGAAAUAUGAGCGGAGGAAAAUUGCUAUUGAAAUUUAUUUAUGAGUUGGAAAAGAAUUCCGUAAAAGGGGAAUAAUGAAGAGGCUCUCGAGAAAAUUAUAUUUCAGGUGAAACCCAGACGGAGAAUUUUUUUUUUGUUAAAAUUAACCUGCAGUUUGGUAAACGUGUAUUUUAGAAAAUUUUUUAUAUUCGUUUGAGAACGACUUUCUUGGGGAAAGUAAAUUAACUACAUUUCAAUAGAAAUUUUACUCUCUUUGAGAAUAAAAAAUCGACCACGGUGUCGUAUCUGUCCAAAAUAUCAGCGAUUAAUUGAUGAAUUAGAAUAAUGUGAGAGCCUAUUAUGUUUAAAGAAAGUGCCAUUGAUUCUCGCGGAAGAUAUGUCAAAUUUUAUAACCGUCGUAUUGAGUAUCUGGCAGGACCACGAGUGCAAUCGUCCUGGAGAUGGAAAUCCUCUUGUAAAUUUACGGAAUAAAUUCAGCGUUAAUAAAAUGUUAAGGUGAAAACUGUUUGUUAAUUGUCUGCAAGCCUCCAUGAGAUUGUAGCGCUUAAGCCAUUAAUUCGUAAGCUUCCAGGGGUAAAAAACUUUUUAUGUAUGAGAUAUUUGGUAAAAGAGAAAAUGAAUAAAGAUUGAAUGUCAAGCAGAA